GGUUAUAUGUCUGGAUAGAUAAAACUAAAUGGAAUGAAGCGGCGGAAUUAAUGAUAAUAUUAACACGGCUGUCAACAUGACAGAUCGAGAGAUCCAGACCAUUUACAAAUAGCAUUGUAAAGUAUAUAUGUAAAACACAGCUAACUUUGCUACACGGACCGAUACAAUAAGUGAGUUAUCAACAUUUCUUUCAACAUAAUUUAACUACGAAUUUCAUUUAACAUUUAAUUUUCGGUUGAAAUUAAUAUUCGCAAGACAACUUCACUGCGUUAUGCGAUGGAAUAAGUGAUUAAUCGAUUACUGUAGUAUUGAUUGACAGAUUUCAUCCAACGUUUGAUUUUUGGUGGAAAGUAAAUAUGCAAUAACAUUACAUCACCAUGCGAUGGAAUUAGUGAUUAAUCUAUAUAUCUCCAAGUUGAUCUAAUCGACAUAUUUCUGCCAACAUUUGAUUUUCGGUGAAAAGUGAAUAUGCAAAAAAUGAUGGAAUUAGUGAUUAAUUAAAGUUGAUAUAAUCAAAAGAUUUCAUUUAACGUUCGAGUUUCGGUAAACAGUGCAUAUAUAACAUAAUUUCACUGCACAAAGCGAUACAAAUAGUCAUUAAUCAAGAUAUCUGCAAGCAGAUAUUGAUCGACAAAUCUGGUGCAACGUUUCAUUUUUCGGUUGAAAGUACAAAACAUGUUUAUGUAUAACACAACUGCAGUGAAAUUAAUGAUAUAUUAACAAUUGACCGACAAAUCUAGAUCAUAAUAUCGGCGAAAAUGAUGAAUAACACGGCUUACAUACCUACUGCAUCGAGUGAUGAAAUAAUGAUUAAUUAACGGACCUACAAAUAAGACCUACAGAUCUUGAUACGGAUAAAGAUAAUGUGGCCAAUAGUUUACCACAUGCCGCCAAGGUUGAUGUCUUAUAUUUGUACAUGCGGUGGUGUUAAUUAGAAACAGACAGGCGGGGAAAGACUAUGGAACUCUGAGGAAUUCUUGCAGGUAGUAUAAUAGAAUAUAAUUGUGUUGCUCGCUGGCUCUGUACAAACAUUCGUGAGUCUUGAAGCCAAAUCAUGUUUCUGACGAAAAUCUCGUGUACUGUUACCGGUAAUUCCUCAUAAGUUAUAUUCUAAAUCACUACCAGACUAUCAUUAGACUACCGUUAUCAGUAGUAUGUGUUUGUGGUAAGAAGUUAACACUCCAUAGGGGGUCAGGUUUAUUUGUGCCUGCUAUUUAUUCUUUUCUCUGUGACAUUUUCAUUAGGAGAAUAGAGCAUUAAGAGAGCUGUGUUCUUUUAUGACUUUCCUUGAAAAAGAAACUAGGCAAAAUCGAUGGCUUAAGUGUUCGACUUUCACUAGCACAAGUCGAACUCAAUGCAGAGACGUAAGAUCCUGUAUUUCAAUAUGAAAAGGUGCUAAGGAAAAAUAAGUUCAAUAGGUGUAAUUGUAUAGAAAACUUUUGAGGCGAGUUGAGUAGAAUCGGUAAAUCUGCUGGCGCUGUUGGAUUAGAAUACAACUGACACACUUGUAGGAUAUUGUAGUGUAGAAGUCGAAACUUUCAAAGGAUUAUUUGACAGGUUACAGAUUACAGUGUACAGAUUACACAAUUACUUGGAAUAUUACAGAACUUCUAAGACUUGAAAGAGGUGGUUUAAUAUCAUAUUAAUCCACCACUAGUGCUUGGGACAUAGGCAGAUAUAAGUAAUUUCUUAGAACCUGACAAUAUUUGACAGCGGAUUAAUCAGCCAAUAUGAGUGAGACGGAGAAAAUGGCACCGACAGCUUCUAUGGAAACUGUGAUGAUCAUCCGACCAUUUAAGGUUGGUGCUGCAAUUAUAGGGUUCGUCUCUAUGUUGGUGAGCGGACUCUUUAUCGGGGCCUCAGACUGGAUUGAACAAGACGGCUGGCGACAGGGCCUCUGGGAAGAAUGCAUUGAAACAUCCCCCGGCAGAGUGAACUGUACAAAGUUCAACCCGCCUGUAUACGUGUUCGCAUGUCGAGGACUUGUCAUCCUGGGCCUCAUCAUGACGUUUAUAGCAAGUGUGACCGUCUGUCGGGGCCUCAAUAAUGAGAAAAUGAGCACGCGGUACCGGUGCUACUUUAUCGCCAUGCUAGUUUACUUUCUAGGAGUUAUGUUUGACAUCACUGCGCUUAUAAUCUUCCCUGUAAAGUACUCGGAAUCGAUGGGCGAGCGGGCGGGCGAGGUGUGGUCAGUCGGCUGGACAUAUUGGAUCGGCUGGCUAGUUGCUGGACUCAUGCUGACCAGUGCCCUACUUUUGUGCCUGGACAAAGACGCCGACGAAAUCACGUAUCGCGAGAAGGUCGAAUAUGAGAACGGAAUCGAAGAUGAUGAUGAGAAACUGACUGAGAGUGAUUCUGCCAGAUCCGAGACUGAAUCCGACAUUGCUUAUGCGGACGAGUGUUUCAAAUGAAGCACCAACAUGUGAACACCGACAAGGAUUUUAUAAACAACGAGGCCCGGUCAAGGGUAGAGCUUCCUUCUCCUAAGUUAUUUUUGAGGCACCAACAUGUGUACAUCGACAAGGAUUUUAUGAACAUGGAGGCCCGGUCACGGGUAGACAUUUCUUCUCUUAAAUUAUUUUUGAAGCACCAACAUGUGUAUAUCGACAAGGAUUUUAUAAACAACGAGGCCCGGUCAAGGGUAGAGCUUCCUUCUCUUAAAUUAUUUUUGAAGCACCAACAUGUGUAUAUCGACAAGGAUUUUAUUUUAAUAACGAGGCCCAGUCAAGGGUAGACCUUUCAUUUCCUAAAUUAUUUUUUAAAACACCACCAUGUGUACAUCGACGAGGAUUUUAUAAACAACGAGGCCCGGUCAAGGGUAGACCUUCCAUCUCCUAAAUUAUUUUUGAAACACCAACAUGUGUACAUCGACAAGAAUUUUAUAAACAACGAGGUCCGGUCAAGGGUAGACCUUCCUUCUCUUAAGUUAUUUUUGAGGCACCAACAUGUGCACAUCGACAAGGAUUUAAUAAACAACGAGGCCCGGUCAAGGGUAGAGCUUCCUUCUCCUAAGUUAUUUUUGAGGCACCAACAUGUGUACAUCGACAAGGAUUCUAUCAACAAUGAGGCCCGGUCAAGGGUAGAUCUUCCUUCUCUUAAGUUAUUUUUGAAGCACCAACAUGUGUACAUCGACAAGGAUUUUAAAACAACGAGGCCCGGUCAAGGGUAGACCUUCCUUCUUUUAAGUUAUUUUUGAGGCACCAACAUGUGUACAUCGACAAGGCCCGGUCAAGUUAUUUUUGAAACACCUAAAAACACAGGAAUGUUGGACAAUGAUUGUGACGUCAUGAAAAGAAAAUGAUUAAAAAUAUGUUACCAUAUUGGAAUAUAUCGUUGACAGAAUGGGAAUGAAUCGUUGACCACCAUUCGUUAAACAUGUUUAUUUAUAUUUUUAUAUUAAAGGAAACACAGAAAUGCCAAUGAAUAAUGUCACUGGCCGUUAUUAUAAACAGUUCUGGUGGACUCGAUAUAUGAACGUUUUGAAGUGUUACGUAAAUAGUGUUUUAAAGGCUCAUCCCUUAAAGCUGCACUCUCACAGAUUGAAUGUUUUGACUUUUAUUUUUUUGUCCUGGAACGAGCCAAUUUAUGUGAAAAUGCAUGUAAACCAGUGGCAUGAGACUGCUGACAAAAAUGGAUCGCAAAUUUUUAUAUUUCAGUUAAAAAAAUGCUGUUUUAUGCAUUUUCUUAAACCGUUAGUAACGCUUUUAGUAAAAAAAACCACAUUAACUUUCAAACGGAAAUAUGACAAUCUGUGAUCUGACUGUUGGCCAACAGUCUUUUAUCACUGGUUUGCAGAUAUAUACACUCAUUCCAAGACAAAAAUAAAGAAAAGUUGUAAAAACGGGAAAUCUGCGAGAGUGGAGCUUUAAAAUCUCCUGACAAUUUAUGUAUAUAUAUAUGUAUACAAAGUAAAUAUUUAAGUUGCUUUGCUAAACAUGAACAAUAUGUACGCUAGUACAUUAUUAUGUAACGCUAACAGUUUCUUGGAUUUUAUAUCAUAGUUUAUAUCGACAUUUAUUGAUUGUGUGAUGAGCGAGAUUUGGAAAUAUUUAAAAAAGUAUUUUUGACAUUUUCAUGAAAUAUAAGACCAUUGCAUUCAUCCUGAUGAAAGAGUUGUUUUCAACAGAAAACAUCAUGAAAGCGAUCUGUUUCAUUUCAUGUCCAUUGUUGCCUUCAUUUGCUAAACAAAAUAAACUGGAUAGCUAUU